AUGCCAACCACCCUGAGCAUGAGGGACAGAGUCCCAUGGCCAACAGAGCAUCAAAAACAGGAGCACAGCCUUCACAAGUGGGCUCUCGCUGGCAUCCAACACUGUUUCCCUUUCCCUGACGCGCCAAAAGUAGAUCUCAGAGAGCCAACACAUCGCCCAAGAUACCCGACUGAAUUCCGCUCUUCACCAUUGAACCCAGAGCCAAAGAACAAAUCCGCAAGCAAAACCCCUGAUCUGGAGUUUCGAGUACCCGAAAACUAUCUUUACUUGGGCAACUACCUCAUCCAUUCUCCAUCAGAUACUCUCCGCCGUCUAUCGAGAUACCGAUUACGCAGACCAGUUGUGCUUCGCGAGGAUUGGAAGGGUGGCUUGGACUUGAAAGCUAUGAGGAAUGCGGAGGCUUUUGCUAUAACUGCUGUUGGGGAGGUUCAAGAAGGUGAUGAUCGAUGCCGACAAUGCAGGAGAGGUCAGAGUCCCUUCGCAAUAUGUGUUGUGGUUUCUGGAUGUGAGAAGGGCGCGUGUGGAUGCUGUGUUUAUGGGAUUGGAAAUAAGGAUCCAAAGUGUUCGCUGUGGUUUGGGAAGGGGUUCUAUCCAAAAAGGAAAGCUCCAAGCCAUGUGAACACCCGACUGAUUGAGGAUGCAAUCGCUCGUGGUAAGUUAAGCUUUUGGAUUUGUUUGGUUGCUUCUUUGGCUAAUAACCCUAGGAUCCAGUCGUAAGGCCGUUCGGAACGAACCACCUCUUGACAUCAAAGACUUGUCCUGGGAUGAGUUGUUAGAGCAAGAGCGGACGAUACAGCAAGCGAUGGAUAUCACUGACGCAAAGGUCCUAGAGCGUUUGUAUAAAGACGAAGAAAGUGGUUAUGCCCAUUGGACUGUGAAGGAACAAGAAGAACUGCUGGCAACAUGGGAUGGACUUUCAACCAAGCUCAUGGAAAUCAAGAGGCUGUUGACUGUCUGGCGUUUGGGACUCCGAAAGAAAAAUGAACCAAAUACACCAGAGACGAAUAGUGUGCAAGAGGGACCAAAAGAAGCAACAAAGGGCAGUGGAGAGGGAAAGUGUGAAAAUUCAAGAAUGAUUAUUAAAUCAAAGGAGAAUGGUGAACAAGAAAAGGCUGCAGGCAAUGAAGUGGAAAAGCAGCACCACAAGCACUUGAAUGUCGCAAGAAAAAGAAAGGAUCCCCUUGGACCUGAUGAUAGGGAGCUUUUAGGUCCUGGAUUGCCAAAGAGGCACAAGACUUUUGAGUAG